GAAGUAGAAAAUAACCGAAUUGGGCUGGUUGUAUGAAACAUUGAGGUGUGAUUACAGCCAAUGUAACCCAAAUAGAGGGAUGAGGCACAAACGGGAGUUGAUAUUCCGCCUGAUACAUAACAGCUGCGCCUUUCACAUUAGUGAACACUUCAACGCUUGACUACACUGCGCAAACAUUUAAAGAGGAAUACAAUCAUCAUCAACGCCGGCGUUAACUCUCAUUCAUCAGGGAGCUUUUUACAGGUGUUUUUUUACAUUUACCCGUGAUAUUCUAUGCAUGAUGUCCGUACAUUCACUGCGUAAAAGUGCAAGCUCCAUCUGCAGUAACAUGGCACCAGCAUCACUUCCCGUUACAUCUUCAUUUCUGCCUGCAUCUCCGACGCAUUGAUGGAGGAUGACGAUUUGGAGUAGCUAGCGGGAUAAAUCAUUAACAUAUUUGAAAUGCCGGCAUUCUCUUGUGCCUUUCCGGGCUGUCGCAGGGAUCUCCUGGUAAUAGUUUUGGUUGUGUUCGUGGGCAUUGGAUUACCUAUUGAAGCCUCUGCCCCUGCAUAUCAAUCGCAUGGGACUGAAGGCUCACAUUUAACUAAUAUAACAAAUACUAAAAAGGCAUUUCCUGUACUUGCUGUAAAUUACGAACACGUACGAAAGCCUUUUGAGAUCGCGCUAUGGAUCCUCCUCGCCUUAUUGAUGAAACUUGGUUUCCAUCUGAUCCCGCGUCUGUCUGGCGUGGUCCCAGAGAGCUGCCUGCUGAUCGUGGUGGGGCUGCUAGUGGGGGGGCUCAUCAAGGUGAUCGGAGAAGAGCCCCCAGUACUGGACUCCCAGCUCUUCUUCCUGUGCCUCCUCCCUCCCAUCAUCCUUGAUGCUGGCUACUUCCUGCCGAUCCGGCCCUUCACAGAGAAUGUGGGCACCAUCUUGGUGUUUGCGGUGAUAGGUACCCUGUGGAACACCUUCUUUAUGGGGGGCUUGCUGUACGCCUUGUGCCAGAUCGAGAGCGUCGGUCUGAGCAGAGUUGACCUGCUGGCCUGCCUGCUUUUCGGCUCCAUCGUGUCGGCCGUGGACCCCGUGGCCGUGCUGGCUGUGUUUGAGGAGAUCCAUAUCAACGAGUUGGUUCACAUCCUGGUGUUUGGAGAGUCCCUUCUCAAUGAUGCUGUCACAGUGGUUCUGUACAACUUGUUUGAGGAGUUCUCCAAAGUGGGGACGGUCACCGUAUUGGAUGUGUUCCUAGGCGUGGUGUGUUUCUUCGUGGUGUCCCUAGGAGGGGUCCUGGUGGGUGCCAUCUACGGCUUCUUGGCAGCCUUCACCUCUCGUUUCACCUCUCACACCCGCGUCAUCGAACCCCUUUUCGUCUUCCUAUACAGCUACAUGGCCUACCUUUCCUCCGAGAUGUUCCAUCUCUCUGGUAUCAUGGCUUUGAUAGCAUGUGGGGUUGUGAUGCGGCCCUAUGUGGAGGCCAACAUAUCCCACAAGUCCUACACCACCAUCAAGUACUUCCUGAAGAUGUGGAGCAGCGUGAGCGAGACGCUCAUCUUCAUCUUCCUGGGCGUGUCCACGGUGGCAGGGCCGCAUGCCUGGAACUGGACCUUCGUCAUCACCACCGUCAUCCUCUGUCUGGUGUCACGAGUACUGGGUGUGAUUGGCCUUACAUUCAUCAUAAACAAAUUCCGUAUUGUCAAGUUGACCAAAAAGGACCAAUUCAUUGUGGCCUACGGUGGCCUGCGAGGGGCCAUAGCUUUCUCCCUGGGAUACCUGCUGUCAAAUAGUCACCAAAUGAGGCACUUGUUCCUGACAGCAAUCAUCACUGUCAUUUUCUUUACUGUGUUUGUGCAGGGUAUGACAAUCAGGCCCUUGGUUGAGCUACUUGCUGUGAAGAAGAAGAAGGAGAGCAAGCCUUCCAUCAACGAGGAGAUUCACACAGAGUUCCUGGACCAUCUCCUCACAGGCGUUGAGGGUGUCUGUGGCCAUUAUGGGCAUUAUCACUGGAAGGAGAAGCUUAACCGCUUCAACAAGACCUACGUGAAGAGGUGGCUUAUAGCGGGCGAGAACUUUAAGGAGCCUGAGUUGAUCGCCUUCUACCGCAAGAUGGAGCUGAAGCAGGCUAUUAUGAUGGUGGAGAGUGGCCAGCUGCCCUCAGCUCUGCCCUCCACCGUCUCCAUGCAGAACAUCCAGCCCAGAGUGAUUCCACGGGUCUCUAAGAAACGGGAGGAAGAGAUCAGAAGGAUCCUGAGGUCCAACCUGCAGAACAACAAGCAAAAAAUGCGCAGCAGAUCCUACAGCAGACACACUCUGUUUGACGCCGAUGAGGAAGACAACGUGAGCGAGGUGCGCCUACGGAAGACUAAGAUGGAGAUGGAGAGGAGGGUCAGUGUGAUGGAGAGGAGGAUGAGCCACUACCUCACUGUUCCAGCCAACCGGGAGUCACCUAGGCCUGGAAUCAGGCGAGUCAGGUUUGAAUCAGACAACCAGGUUUUCAGUGCUGACAGUGUCCCUACUGUCCACUUUGAGCAGCCUUCCCCUCCCAGCACACCUGACGCUGUCAGCCUAGAGGAGGAGGUACCCAAGAGGCCGAGCCUGAAAGCAGACAUGGAAGGACCCAGGGGUAAUGCGUCAGACAACCACCAGGGCGAGCUGGACUACCAGAGACUAGCACGCUGUCUAAGCGACCCCGGUCCCAAUAAAGACAAGGAGGAGGACGAUCCAUUCAUGUCCUGUUAAAGAACAUCUUUUAAACUAUAGCGCUUCAAAUGAGGAGAAUAAUAGGAUUCCACUAUUUCAGAAGCUCCUUAAUUCUCAUUUACAUUACAUUUAAGUCAUUUAGCAGACGCUCUUAUCCAGAGCGACUUACGACUUAUUCUCCUCUGGCACUUACUUGUAUGAGAUGGAGAUUUUUCUAUGGCAACAUCUCAAAGUAUCUCAUGUAUUGAAGGACAUUUCUAAUUUAUCUCAGUGCCGUUAUUGUUGUAUUUCUCAUGUUUGGGUCCUUGUUCUUUGGUAUUUUUGAUGUAAGAUAAUGUGAAUAAUUUGCCAAAGGUUCACGUGCCAAUUUUUCUUGAACCAUUUUUCAAUAUCAUGAAAUCAUGUGUAAAGAUUUGUUUGGUUUUCAGAGAUUUUAAAAUGUUUUUUGUUAUGUAAAAUCACAGCUUCCUUUUAGAGAGGAAUGUAGGUUUUUGUCAGCACUUCUGUCUUAAUGGUUUUCACAUGAUAGUGCUUCUCAUUCACUUUGUUUGCAUGAAUAAUAAAUAUGUUUUAUCAGGGACUGCAUCACAUGGUAGCUGGCCAACUACCCUUAGCAGCCAGAAAACACACUCCUGGUAACUAUAUAAAUACAAAUGCAAUUUCCAGUAUGUCUUUUGACUGGAUAAAAGCCUUUUCAUUGGAAGCAAGUAGCAAAAUAGAUUCCAUAUCCCACGAAGUAAUCCCACUCAUGCCUUGUCUCCACUGUAUUUGGGUCUGAAGCUGUCAAAAUCAAUUUAGACUUGAAAGUGAUUGUUUAAAAAAAGGAAGUUGCCAAGUUGAAUAAUUUUUAUAAGAAUGACAACGCAGGCCUAUUUGAAAUGGGUUGAAUUGUUAGCAGUUUGUACUGAGAGGGAAAAUAAGCUUUACAGAUAAUAUGCAUCAGAAAUUAAGAUGACUUUCAUGACUGAGUUUAACAAUAAAGUGCUUAUAAAAUAAAAAUAUUUUGUUGGACAUUUUAA